AUGUUUAUUUUUAAACAAAACUCCCAAGUCUUGUAUCUUCUAGUUUAUGUUGAUGACAUCAUUCUUACUGGCAGUGAUUCCUCUAUUAUUCGUCACUUCAUUGCUAAAUUGCAUACGGAAUUUGCAAUUAAAGAUCUUGGGCAACAGAGUUAUUUUUUGGGUCUUGAAGUUUCUUACAUGGAAGAUGACAAAGGCUUGUUUCUUACUCAAGCAAAAUAUGCUCAUGACAUACUUGAUCGUGCUAAAAUGCUUGAUGCUAAACCUGUUUCCACUCCAUUAUCCACCAAUGAUUACCUUGUGUCUCACGGAUCUCCAUAUUCUGAUCCCACUUUGUAUCUUUCACUUGUUGGAGCUUUACGGUACUUAACCAUCACUCGCCCAGAUCUUUCUUAUGCUGUCAACCAAGUGAGUCGAUUUCUGCAUGCUCCUACUAUCGCUCACUACCAAGCUGUCAAAAGGAUCCUUCGUUAUGUUAAAGGCACUCUUAAUUAUGGGCUUCAUUUUACUACUCCAUCGGCAUCCUCGUUGAUCGGGUACUCUGAUGCUGAUUGGGCUAGAUGUAUUGAGACAUGUCGUUCUACUUAUGGUUAUUCUAUUUUUCUUGGUGGCAAUCUAGUUUCAUGGAGUGCAAAGAAACAAUCCGCUGUCUCCCGCUGA